AUGGAUGGUGACAAUGCUAUCAGAAUUAAUGAAGAUGGGCAGACAAUUGAUGAACUUAUGAGCAAUAAUGUUGGGUUGACAUACAAUGAUUUCAAUAUAUUGCCGGGUUAUAUCGGUUUUGACGUUUCUUCCGUGGAUUUAACAACGCAUUUAACUCGUGGUAUUACGCUUAAAACACCAUUGGUGUCAUCACCGAUGGAUACAGUAACCGAAUGCGAAAUGGCGAUUGCUAUGGCAUUACAUGGUGGUAUUGGUAUAAUUCACGCCAAUUUCGCCUCCGUGGAAGAUCAGGCUGAAGAAGUUAUCAAAGUGAAGCGUUAUAAGCAAGGGUUUAUAACACAUCCGCAUUGCAUAAAAGAAAUGGAUACAGUGUUAGAUUUGAUGAGGAUAAAGCUGAAAUAUGGUUUCACAGGAACACCAGUUACGUCAACAGGACAUGUUGGUGGCCAACUGAUAGGUUUGGUAACUUCUCGUGAUGUAGAUUUUAUUGAUGAGAGCAAAUAUCCGACUACGAAAAUAAGUGAAGUAAUGGUCCCAUUCGACCGGCUUAUAACGGGCAGCGAAGAUCUAACUUUAGAACAUGCUUACAAAAUCUUAGAAAAUGAGAAGAAAGGGAAACUACCUAUUGUGAACAGCAGAAACGAACUGGUAUCCUUAAUAGCUCGUACUGAUUUAAAGAAAGCUCGAGAUUUUCCAUGUAGUUCUUACGAUUCGAAGGGACAGUUAAGAGUGGGCGCAGCUAUAAAUACCCGAGAAUCCGCAAAAGAAGCGGUAAAGAAAUUAGUUGCGGCUGGUGCUGAUGUUCUUGUCAUUGAUUCUUCACAAGGUGCCAGCAUGUAUCAAGUGAAUCUUUUGAAGUGGAUAAAGACCAAUUAUCCAGAGACGCCACAGAUAAUUGCAGGCAAUGUUGUAACACAGAGGCAAGCAGAAAUCCUAAUCAAUGCUGGGGCAGAUGCCAUUCGCGUUGGUAUGGGAAGUGGUUCAAUUUGUAUUACUCAAGAAGUUACUGCAGUUGGACGAGCACAAGGCACAGCGGUGUAUCAAGUUGCAAAAUACGCUAGAACUCGUGGGAUUCCCGUCAUCGCUGAUGGUGGAAUAAGGGAUGUUGGUUACAUCACGAAGGCAUUGGCACUUGGUGCAUCGACAGUGAUGAUGGGUGGUCUUUUAGCAGGCACAACAGAAGCACCCGGAGAAUAUUUCUGGGGUCCAAGCGGUGUGCGUCUUAAAAAUUAUCGUGGAAUGGGUUCACUGGAUGCUAUGGAGGCAAAUGUCGGUAGUCAAGAUAGGUAUUUUAGCAGUAGGUCAGAUUCGAUAAAGGUUGCGCAGGGGGUGUCUGCUACAAUGAGGGAUAGAGGUAGCAUCCACAAAUUCGUUCCAUAUUUGGUGCGUGGAAUUCAACACGGCUUUCAGGAUAUCGGUGUGAAAAAUUUAGAUGAACUCAGGAAUGGUAUUGCUCGUGGUGAAGUCAGAUUUGAACGUCGAUCAUCGAAUGCUCAAGUUGAGGGAGGAGUGCAUUCCUUGCACUCUUACGAUAAACGUCUUUAUUGA